AUGAUAAAUAUAAUCGCAACGUAUCAUUCUAAUCCCAGUUUGCAAAAGCAGGCUGAAGAACGGUUGAAACAGGUGGAAGGUGCACCAGGCUUUAUUUCGAUACUUAUUCAGAUACUAGGUUCGGAAGAAACUGAGGCUGGAACAAAACAAGCUGUUUCGAUAUAUCUCAAAAAUCGAAUCAGACAUUCUUGGAACUUUGAAGACGCAGCAGCUUAUAAAUCUACUUCAAUUGAUCAACAAGACCGCGAUGCAUUUAAAGCAAAUAUAUUGCAUAUUAUGGUAACAGUCCCUAAUAAUGUGAGGGUUCAACUUUUGGAUUCUUUGAAUCGAGUUCUAGUAAAUGAUUUUCCAGACAAAUGGCUCGAUUAUAUGACUCAAAUACACGCUCUUCUGGGCACAAAUGAUGCUAAAAUGGCAUAUGUUGGAUUAUUAGCUUUACAACAAAUCGUGAAAGUAUAUCAAUGGAAGGUAAUCGAAAAUAGAGCUCCUUUAAUCGAAAUAAUCGAAUCCACUUUUCCGAUCGCGUUACAAAUGGCGCAAUCAUUAUGUAAUGAAAAUAGUCUGGAUGCUGCUGAAAUGUUGCGAAUAAUUUUAAAGACUUAUAGUUCAGCGACACAAUAUGAGCUUGCGGAACCUCUUCAAAACAAUUCUUCUCUAGUUCCAUGGAUUACUCUAAUGUUACAUAUAAUUGAGAAACCUAUUCCUCCGGAAAUAAUACCCGAAGAUCUCGAAGAAAGACAAAAGUUUAUGUGGUACCGAGUAAAAAGAUGGUCGUGUCAGAAUUUGAAUAGGAUUUUCUCAAGGUAUGGAAAUCCAGCUCAACUUGGACAAUCUUCAAGAAAAUAUGCGGCAUUUGCAGAAAAUUUUAGUCAACAGUUUGGAUCUCAGAUAUUACGAGUUUACCUUCAACAAACUGAACUUUGGAUUAAAAAAGAGGUUUGGUUAAGCCAAAAAGUCUUACUCUUUUUUGCCGAUUUUUACAAGGACGCCCUUACACAUAAACUUACUUGGCAAAUAAUGAAGCCAUAUGCUGAGACCCUUGUAUCACAUUUUAUAUUUCCUCAAUUGUGCUUUUCUAAGGAAGACGAGGAAUUAUGGGUUGAAGAUCCUGUUGAUUACGUUCAUAAGAAAUUAGAUCCGCUGGAGGAAUUUACUACUCCAAUUACUUCAACCAUAACUUUUCUUAUGGAUUUAGCAAAAUACAGACAUAAAUUUAUAUUUAAGAAGAUUUUGAAUUUUAUUCAUAAUGUGCUCAAUACUUAUCGGGAUGCUCCACCUGAAUCCAAGGAUCCAAGUCAAAAAGACGGUGCUUUAAAAAUGAUUGGCUGUAUUUCAGAUCUGAUUUUACGUAAAAAAUCGGGAAUAUCUCAACAUAUGGAACCCUUCUUUACCACUUAUGUGUUUCCUGAGUUUCAGAGCCAAUAUCCUUAUUUAAGAGCGAGAGCAUGUGACAUGCUGGUAAAAUUCAGUGAUCUGAAUUUCGAGAAUGAGGCAAACCUUGCGACUGCGUUUCAAGGCGUUACAACCUGCAUGCGAGAUACAGAGCUUCCUGUUAAGGUUCAAGCUUGUUUAUCUCUUCAGUGUAUGAUACGACACGAGACAGUGAGAAAUGCGCUUAUACCUAAUCUUCCGAUGAUAAUGCAAGAACUCCUCGACCUUACAAAUCAGAUCGAUGCUGACACUCUUUCAAGUGUUAUGGAAGAAUUCGUUGAAGUGUUCUCGGAAGAAUUAACCCCAUUUGCUAUUCAACUUACCGAGCAGCUGAGAAAUACGUUCCUGCGUAUUAUGCACGAUUAUCAGGAGUCGGAAGCUAUUCCUGAGGAUGGAAAACUUUUAGAUUCAUCUGAUUUAGAUAUUAGUGAUAAGGCAAUGGCUGCUUCCGGUGUUCUCAAGACCAUUACCACUGUCCUAUUGAGUUUGGAGAGUACGCCAGAUCUUCUGGCUCAAUUGGAAAAUGCGUUAUUACCUGUUAUAACAUAUACGCUCGAGAAUACAAUUACAGCUUUUAAUAUUUCAGACUUGUAUGAUGACAUUUAUGAUAUUAUCGACACCUGUACUUUCUCAAUCAAACAGAUAUCUCCAACAAUGUGGAGAGUUUUUGAAUUAAUGUAUAAAACUUUCAAGGAUACAGGCAUAGAUUACAUUGAAGAAAUGUUUCCAUCCUUGGAUAAUUAUUUAUCGUAUGGAACACUAACGUUCAUUCAGAGUCCUACAUUGCAAGGGAUGGUUUGCGAUAUCAUUGAAACGGUCAUGACAAGCGAUCGGCUAACUGAGAGCGAGCGUACUUGUGGUUGUAAGCUUAUUGAAUCUGUUUUACUAAAUUGUCGCGGAGUUGUAGAUCAGUAUGUAGGAUCAUUUAUUGAAUUGAUCUUUGUAUACUUAUCCAAUAUAAAUAACAUCUCCUCGUCAAGUUUCAAAUUUUAUUGUAUUGAAGCUGUGGUAAACUGUAUAUAUUAUAAUCCACUUUUGACUCUUCAUAUCCUUGAAGAACGUAAUUUAACUCAAGCGUUCUUCAGCAUAUGGUUUGAAAAUAUCAACAAAUUUUCACGUGUUCAUGAUAAGAAAUUAGUAAUUGUAACUUUAUGUUCUUUAAUGGAAACACCUGUUGAGCAAUUACCACCCAUUUUACAAACUGGAUGGCCUCAGGUUUUAGAAGUAAUUUUGACAACGUUUAGCACUUUACCAAAAGCCGAAGAAAUUCGAAAUGAAAUGGAAAAGACAUUUGAGAAUGAUAGUGAAGAUGACGACGACGACGACAACGAAGGAGAAUCUGAACAAAAUAAAGAUAAUGAUGGAGAUGAUGAUGAUGAUGUACAAGAUGAAGAUACAGAAUAUUUGGAAUUUUUGGCACAAGAGGCUGCAAGACAUGCACGUAGUGAAGAUAAAGUCGACGUUUAUAUUAGAUUUCAUGAAGUAUUUGUUGGUGUCCAACAACAUUAUCCAACUUCGUAUAAUCUUCUUACAAAAAAUCUUGAUACAGAAAAACAAAAUUUUAUAAUGAAAAUAUUUAGUAUGGCAGACGAAAGAAAAAAGAAUUUGGAAAAUCAAACUAAUGAAAAAUGA